AUGUGUGUGUGUGUGUUUGCCUGCAAGGAUUUUGUGCUGUCUCAGCAGGCCGGGAAUCAGGCCAACGUCUCGAGUCCUCCUCUUGGUAGCAAUGAGCCAGUUAAGGAGCUGCCAGGGAAAAUGGCGCCGUGUAAGGUAGCGACUCAUGUUAAAUCUGGCUACGACGAGCUGACGUUAAAGCCGCAAAGCUGCAGCCGUCAGUGUUCGUCAGGCCGGAGAAGGCAUCCUGUGCUGGUGGAGGUGAGCCCUGACAUCCACAUCUGUGGCUUCUGCAAGCAGCAGUACAACAACGUCCAAGUCUUCCUGGCCCACAAGCAGAAUGGAUGCUCCGUGCAAAGCAUGAGAAACACCUCUGCCGAGACAGCAGCGUCCUCACUGCCAGUUCCGCCCGUCUUCAACCUCUCACAUUCUCAUCGCGCCGUCCCGCCUUCUUCUCACGUCCCAGUCUGUCUCGUUUCGCCGUGCUCAGGCUCCAGCAUGGAGGUGGUCCUGGAGGAGACCUUCCAGACGUGUCUCCUGAGAGGCGUCAAGAAGAUCCUGACCAAGCCGCAGAAGCGCAAGAAGCUAAAAGACUCGCUGGCGUCCAAAAGACGCAGUUGCUGUUUCUCAGGCUGCACCUUCAAGACACAGUACGGCCAGAAAGACAUGGAGAGACACCUGAAGACUCACACAGGCGAGAAGCCGUUCGAGUGCGAGCUGUGCCACAAGCGCUUCAGCCGGCGGGACAAGCUCAACAUGCACCUGCGCUCGCACACGGGAGAGAAGCCGCACAAGUGCAAGCUGUGCUCGUACGCGGCGGCCGACAGCAGCAGCCUGAAGAAGCACGUGAGGAUUCACUACGACGAGCGGCCGUUCAAGUGUCAGAUCUGUCCUUACGCCAGCCGCAACUCCAGCCAGCUCACCGUGCACCUGCGCUCGCACACAGGCGACGCCCCUUUCCAGUGCCAGCAGUGCGACGCCAAGUUCAAGAUCAACUCGGACCUGAAGCGCCACGUCCGCGUCCACUCGGGGGAGAAGCCCUACAAGUGCGAGCUGUGCGAGUACCGCUGCGCCAUGAAAGGUAACCUCAAGUCGCACGUUCAGAUCAAACACGCCGCCGACAACGCCUUCCACUGCGCGCACUGCGACUUCAAGUGCGCCAACAAGACGGCGCUGCGCCAGCACUCGCGCCACCACCGGCCCGCCCAGCCCGUGCAGUGCCCGGCGUGCACGUACUCCUGCGCCAGCCGGGGGGCGCUCAAGGUGCACGAGAGGAUCCACUCGGAGGAGCGGCCCUUUAAGUGCGAGGCGUGCAGCUACGCCUCCAAGCAGCGCAGCAACCUGGUCAUCCACAGGAAGAGGUUCCACUCGGACGCCACGGAAAGGGGCGGCUGGCGAGCGGGCGGCAGAAGGCCCGGCGAGGACCCCCCCAAGCCCGUCAGCUCCCGGUACCGGGCCAAACUGGAAGCCGCUCGCGCCUUCAGCUGCGACCUGUGCAGCGCCUCCUUCGUCAGGGAGGACUCGCUGCGGAGUCACAGGAAGCAGCACAGAGAAUCCCAGGAAGACCCGGCGGUCCCGGUCCCGGUCCAGGCGGACUCGGACUCGUCCUCGCAGCUCAAAAUCAUCGUCUCUUCCGCCGAGACCCCCAGCAAGAUGGUCCUGUUGAGUCCAGAGCACCAGGACCUGGUGGUCAACUCCAUGCUGCUGGCGCCCGGCCUGUCCGACGCCGCCUUCGCGCCGCAGACGGUCCUCUUGACGCCGCUCCACGCCGACGACUCGCUGCACCAGGUCCACGCCGGGUCACAGACCUUCAUCACCACCUGCGCAGAACUGGAGGACCUGAGGGCUUUGGUGCAGGAGGGCGGCACCGAGGUGACGGUGGUGACGGAAGGCAACGGCGCCGCGGCGACCGGUCCGCCCGGCGGCGGCGAGAGUCGAGGACAGUGCCUUAGCAUGUGAGCAGGUCCACUUAAGCUAACCUUUUGUCACUUUAGCGUUCGUCUUUUCUUUUUUUUUUAAAUGUUGUCCAAAAGCACUGAAGCCAAUAGUCGCGCAGUUCCCCGCUUGCUCCACAAGGGGGCGGCAGAUAGCUUGAAGAGGCGCCGCGACCUCGCCGGUAUCGAUUGUUUUGUUUCCAAGAAGAAGAAGUCCUCUGAAGAUGCACAAACUAGUCCUACUUGCUCAAAAGCCAGCGUUUCUGUCCAAGGAUCGAUUUUUCAAUAAAAAGCCUGUUUGGGCUUCGAGCGUC